GACUGUACGACUAAGUCCUUAAGGCAUCACAUAAGCCACUGGGUGCCAUGCUUCCGGGCGUUCGGGAUGAACUCAGAGCAAGCAGGAACCUAUUCCCCUUCAAUACCUCCAUUGGUAAUCAGAAACAUGAGAAUUGACUCUAACAACCGCACUCCAGGCGACGCAAUCAGCAGAAACUUCACCCAAAGCAGGAGAACGAACAAAGAGAGACGGGUAAAUAAGCGCGCCACUCCGGCUCCGGAAAGGGUAUCAACCAAGAACAGGACUAGUUUUGCUGAAAAAGAUUUCAUUGUGUUCUCCAUAAAAGAAGACGGGACAUUCGAUAUAGAUAAAGAUGGCAGCUCACAGACAUCCGUUUGCCGGGAGGAUGACUGCGGGCUCAGGAGCUUAAGAUCUGUAAACAUUGAGGAUGACGAAGAAGAGAGCACACGCCUGGAAGAAGACAACCACUCCGGCAGCCUGAGAAUGGGAUUUCGAGUGGAGGGAAAUGGAGAUUGCAGUAGAGGAUCAACAGAAUCAAGCGACUCUGGCCAGUCCGAUAGAAGCACCAACUCCUUCACGUUUCCCGCGCUACAUGGGCAGUGGAUUGGUAGUCCGGUGAAAAUGCCAAGAUCAGAAGACCUCUCUUUGAGGAAGCCAACAGCAAGCUGCGUUCGUUUUAAGUGCUGUAAAUUCUGAAAAAUCUUCAAUCGCUCUCCCUCCAUUUUCGUAAGUUCGUAACAGUCGUAGAAGCACUGAAUGUUUUUUAGCAUUAGUUAUUCGGUUUCCGGCA